GCAACUUGAUGAUAAUUAAAAAAGAUAUAUGUCUCUUUUGAAGAUUGAUUAACAAAAAUGACAAUUGAAUUUAUGGGCACUUGUUGACUUUAACUAACUUAUUUGCUCAAGAAACUUAUCCUUCUUGAAAUAAGAACAAAUAUGUCCAGCACCAAAGAGUCACGAACUGAAUUGCCAACCGAUUAUGAUCGAUUGGAGGAGUUAAAGGCAUUCGAUCAUACAAAAACUGGUGUUAAAGCACUAGUUGAUGAAGGAAUAGUGGAGAUCCCAAGAAUUUUCAUUAGGCCACCUGAUGAACUUGCUGAAGAGUUGAAUCGAGGCGAAUCAACUCUACAGGUUCCCGUGGUGGAUCUUAGUGGCAUAGAAGUUGAAGAUCGACGUAAGGAAGUUGUUGAUGAAAUAAGGGAAGCAUCAGAGAAGUGGGGAUUUUUCCAACUGAUAAAUCAUGGGGUUCCCUCAAGUGUUUUGGAGGGAAUGAUUGAUGGGACUCGUAAAUUUCAUGAACAAGAUGUUGAGUUAAAGAAAGACUACUAUUCACGUGAUCGAAAAAAUAGAAGAGUUAGAUAUGAGACUGAUCUUCAUCUAUACAAUUCAAAGACCGUAAAUUGGAGGGAUACGUUGAACAUUUCUAUGAUAGUUACUGGCCAUAUUGAACCUGAAGAAAUACCGGAAGUUUGCAGGAAAGAAUUUCUUAAGUUCAUGAAUCAUAUCAGAAAACUUGGAGAAACUCUUCUUGACUUACUAUCAGAAGCUCUUGGACUAAAACCAGACCACUUGAAAGCCAUGGAAUGUAUCAAAGGACAAACAUUGGUGUGC